AUGGAUUUAGAAGAUGAAAUGAUCCAGAUGGGCUACGGCGCCCCUCAACCCCCAGCCUCAUCUCGCUCGAACAGUCGUCCACCACCGCGCGCACGCUACCAACCACCCCAGGAAUCCGUAAAGCAAUUCUGGGAACAAUUUAACACAAAACACCCUGGAAAAGUCUACACCGUCCUGCCCGACAACCCUUACGCACGAACCCGCGCAAAACGUGUUCCCAGCGGCCGUAUUCAAGGCCAUACAGCUAUCAAGUCCUACGAGCAGGCUCGGGAAGAGUGUCUCAAAUCUGUUGAGCGGAUUAUAAAAGAGUGCGAGCGGGUUAAUCAGAAAUAUACGGACCCGCAUUUUGAUAUUGAGCUUGAUUUGAAGUCUCAACGGCGGCAUUAUCUUGAUGGGUUGGACAAAACUAAUGAAGAGAUGAGACCUAGGGGUGUUAAGAGAGUUACUGAAAUCUUUGAGAAGCCGCAGUUCUAUGUUAACGGGCCCACCGCUUCGGAUGUUCGUCAGGGCUGCGAUGGGGAUUGUUGGCUCAUGGCUGCCCUGUGUACUAUGGGUAACAAGGAGGAGCUGAUUGAGAAAAUCUGUGUGGCUCGUGAUGAAGAAGUUGGUAUUUAUGGGUUUGUUUUCUACCGAGAUGGUGAGUGGCAGCAGUGCAUCGUGGACGACAAGCUCUAUCUGCGAGCUGCAGACUACGAUGAGUCUGUAGAUGAGCGGCCGGUCUGGGAUGAAAUCAACCGCCUUGACACAGAAGAGGAGUACCGACGAGCGUGGCAAACUGGCUCGCGAGCUCUAUACUUCGCGCAGUGCGUAGAUGAAAAUGAGACAUGGCUGCCGCUUCUUGAAAAAGCCUUUGCUAAGGCUCAUGGGGAUUAUUCUGCUAUCGAGGGCGGCUUUGUUGGUGAAGCGAUCGAAGAUCUUACUGGGGGCGUUACGUCCGAGGUCUUGUCCAGCAAUAUCCUUAAAAAGGAUCGAUUUUGGACCGAGGAGUUGAUGAAGGUCAACGAUGAGUUCCUCUUUGGUUGCGGGACUGGUAUGUUCUCCAACUGGUUGGACCCUCAAUAUCGUGGUCCUCCCAGAGAUCGCAAGGGCAUUUCCGAGAACCACUCUUAUUCUAUCAUGGAAGCUCGGGAGAUUGAUGGGGAGCGUUUGCUUAGACUCCGGAACCCCUGGGGCCGCAAAGAAUGGCACGGUGCUUGGGGUGAUGGCUCCAAGGAAUGGACACCUGAGUGGAUGGAGCGUCUUGGCCAUAAGUUUGGAAAUGACGGAUUCUUUUGGAUUUCGUAUCAAGACCUCCUCAAGAAGUACCAGCACUUCGACCGGACUCGUCUCUUUGGUCCUGAGUGGAUUAUCGCACAGCAAUGGACUACCUUGAAUGUCCCAUGGUCUGCAGAUUAUCACAGCACCAAGUUCAUGAUGGACGUUACCAAGAGUGGUCCAGUCGUCAUUGUGCUCUCGCAAUUGGAUACCCGAUACUUUAAGGGCCUGGCUGGCCAGUAUAGCUUCGUGCUCAAGUUCCGUCUGGAAAAGGAAGGCGAAGAGGACUACCUUGUACGCAGUCACAGCAGCCAUUUCAUGGGCCGAUCUGUCAACGCCGAAAUCAACCUCGACCCAGGCCGCUAUCAUGUCCUGAUGAAAAUCACCGCCUUCCGACAUGACGAAGAGGCAACGGAAGAGAUAGUCCGCAAUGUUGCUCCUACCAGGCGUGAAAAGCUUGUCCAAGUCGGCCUUUCCUACGAUCUCGCCCAUGCUAAGGGAGUGGUUGGGCAAACAGAGCAAGAAAAGCGCGACCAGGAGCAAUACAACACAAUCAAGACCAGAAAGCUUCACGAAGAGAUCAAGAAGAAGUUACAAAAGAAAUGGGUCCGCAACCAGAAAAUGGCCGCUCGACACGAUCGCCAAGAGACCAUCGCCGCUAUGCGUGCCACUCGCACUCCUAACGGCAGCUCUUUUGACCGUAGUCCUGAACGCAGCCCGAUCCCCACGCAGAUCCUCGCUGACGCUCCAGUCAAUCAAUCCCCCACCGAUGUCGCAAGCAUUUCCAGCGAUGGCAGCGAUCGACGCGUUCCCUAUACGAAUGGCUCCGUGCCAACAAUCCACGUCAAUGGCAGCAAAGGCCUCCACGAAAAAUAUGCCGCCAGACAUGGCAUGAGAACAACGGAAUCCCCGCGUCGAAGUUUGGACUAUCGGAUUUCCGCAGAUAUGCUGGAUCCCAGUGAUCUGGAGCUACUGGAAGGGUUCGAAUUCGACAGUGAUCUCGAUGUACCUCCCGAAGGAGAUGCAAAGUGUCACCCUCCAAUGAUGGGCCAAGACGAACCUACUGUUGAUCCGUGGAAUGCUGUUUGUGUUGUUGGCUUGCGUGUCUACUCUAUGGAUCCCAUGCUCAGUUUGCAGGUCAUGCAUCCUGUCCCCGAGGAUGUUACUGAGGCUCCCUUGGACCGGGAUGACCCUGCUGUAUCAGCGACUACUCUUCAAAGAGAUUCUUAUUCUUGGAAGGAUUCUUGGAGUAGUCAACUUCCCUUUUGA